UCUGAACCUUGCUUGCUAAAAACAAUCAUCUUUACUUUUCUUUUACUCAUUCUUAAUUCCCAGCUGCCAGUUUCUCAGCCUUUACAAGCUGUCCAAGGAGAGCCCGUGGUUCCUGCUCCAACAGUAUCAACCCCACAGUCGCAUGUUGUCCCGAGCUUGGCUGCCCCCAUACCACCCCAGUAUUUACCCCUGACUCAACCUUUAGUGGCCGUCCCUCUGAUCCCUCAGUUUGCUACUCCCAAGUUACCAAUGGCUGUGCCUUCCACCAUUGUACACACAGGCUUUCCUGCCCUGCCUGUGCCUAUGUCCCCAGGGUUUGGCCAGGCAGUGCCAUGCUUGCCCCCCUCUUUAGGGACACCAGUGCUUCUUCCUGGGCAGGCAGUUAUUGUUCCAAGCCACAUAUCUGCUGUUGCUCUCCAGCCCUUAACACAGGUCCCACCUCUGCCUGUGCAUCCUGUGCCUGCACCUGUUGGAUUGCCAGCUGCCCUAGGACAAGCUGUUGAGCCUCUGCUUCCUCCUGGAGACGCUGCAUACCAGGCCUUCCAAUCUUCUCUAACCUCUCAGAUGCCUGUGGAGACAGGCCUUCCUUCUGCAUCUGUCCACCCUUCAUCAUUAAUGUCACCUACGAUCCGCACAGACUGCCUGCCACAUACUGGGUACAGUACUGGGUUACUUCAACCGUAUCUGGAGGGCAGUGGAGGACCUCCACAGGGCAUCCCAGCUUUGCAACCAACAGCACCUUUCCCUGGGAGCCAGGCACAGCAAGUUACAGAGGGUUCACAAAAUACCUCUCAAGUUGCCCCUGUGGAGAUGCCAUCAACUCAAACUACCCAAGUGGUGUCUUCCAUGGACAGCGCCCACUCAGAUGUGGCAUCUGGGCUCAGUGAUGGGAACGAGGGAGUUUCUGGCUCCAGUGGUAGACAUGAAGGCCGUACCACCAAGCGGCACUACCGAAAGUCUGUGCGCAGCCGCUCAAGACAUGAGAAAACCUCACGCCCGAAACUUAGAAUUCUUAAUGUCUCAAACAAAGGAGACAGAGUAGUGGAAUGUCAGCUGGAAACACACACAACCGCAAGAUGGUCACCUUCAAAUUUGACCUAGAUGGGGACAAUCCAGAGGAAAUAGCGACCAUCAUGGUUCAGAAUGUCUUCAUCUUGGCCACAGAGAGAGACUCUUUUGUCGAGCAGGUUAAAGACAUCAUAGAAAAAGCAGAUGAAAUGCUUAAUGAGGAUGUCGGUGCUGAGCCUGAAGGCGAACAAGAGGUGGAGUGUAUGCAGAUACAGGGUGAUGGGUAUUACCCCGAGUCUCAGAAGCUGGAGGAUGAGUUCAGAAAGCCGGAUCCAGUGUACUACUUACCCCAAAGAAUAGAACUCGCUCCUGGUCUCAAUGCCCAAGUUGUUCACUCUGCUGGUAGACGGUUUAUAGUCAGUCCAGUUCCAGAGAGCCGACUGAGGGAGCCAACCUUCUUUAAUGCACCAUCACAGGAUCCACAGCUGACUGUUCCCACUUCCCAUGUUCCUGGCAUCGCAGUUUCCACUUCUCAUGCACCUGGGAUGAACCUCUCUCACUCUGCAUCAUCUGUCAGUCUCCAUAAUGCCUUUGCAGAGCUUCGACAGUCUCAGAUGGCUGAUGGUCCCAGUACAGCUCCACCAGUUUUUAAUCAAACUGGACCUCCAUUUCCACCAUCUCUAACUAAUCUCACUGGGCCCUUCUCAGGAGGAUUAUCCGGCCUGCCUCCAUCUACAACUGCUCCCAGCAGCCUGCAAUCUGGAGUGGCACAGCCGUCGGUGGAAAGUGUUGUGACUCCUACCAUUACAGGAGUGUCAGCCCCCAGCAUUAUGCCAAGCAACGUGCCUGCAAUCACCACUGUGUCUACUCAGCCACUGACUACAGGAGUUAUAUCUGGGGUUUCUGCACCCACAUGUGUACCUCCAGCUGUGACAUCACUUCCUGCUUUGCCUCUAGUUGUGGGCAUGCCUGUGGCUCCUGGGACAGUGGCAUCACCCCCUACACAGUCACUUCCACCCACG